AUGCUUGAACUGCAGUCAAGGAAUGCAGGCACAAUUGUUGAGUGGAGGCACAAUGAGUUGUUGAGCCAUGGAUGUAACAAAGUCUUCUAUUACGUUUUCUGGGCACUUGGGCCUGCUAUUUAUGCUUUCCAAGAGUACCAACCAGUUUUAACAAUAGACGGGACUCACCUUCGAGGAAGAUUUAAAGAAACUGGCGACAGUUGGGAGUGGUUUUUGGAUCAUGUAAGAAUUCAUGUGGUGAAAUACCAAAGGGAGGUGUGCAUCAUUUCGGAUAAGCAUAAAGGAAUCCUUAAGGCGAUUCGUUCUGAUGAAUGGAAAAGGCCGCCGAUAUGUCACCACAAAUUUUGUUUGAUCUAUUUGAGGAAAAAUAUCUUGACGAAACUUAAGGGUAAGGGCUCUAAUGUGAAAGGCAUGGUAUGGGCAUUGGGUGUCACAACUCAAGUACGUAAAUACAUGCGAAGGCGACGUGCACUACGGGAGGAAAGUCUUGUUGCGAUACACGAGCUCAACAAAGCCAAAAAAGAAAACCGGUCUCUUUGUUACGAUGAUGAACUGAGAUGGGGGGUGACCUUGAAAAACAUGUCAGAGAGCUUCAACAGCGUGUUGAAAGGUAUAAGAGAGUUGCCAAUUAGAGCUUUGGUUGAUCUGACAUUUUGGAGAACAGUGCAAUGGUGGGCAGAUAGAAAAACAGAAAUACAACAUACCGAAGGUCGAUUAAGCCCAUGGGCGAGGGACAAACUUGCUGCGUAUGAUGCGGAGGGACAACUACAUUACUGUUCAGUACUUGACCGAGAACUGGGUCAUUACCAAAUUCUAAGCCGUCCACGUUUUGAAAAUGGACAGGCAAAUGGCAAUAACAGACAAGAGGUUGAGUUUUUGGAUUCAAAGUGCACUUGUGGGAAGUGGCAGAUGUGGAGAGUUCCUUGUUCACAUGCGUGCGUCGUUGCUAGAUAUAGAGGUAACGCUAUGUUUGAGCUCAUUGAUAAACACAACCACAAAGCUACAUGGGAAGCACAGUACUCUGGUGGCCCAUUUCACGCACCAAGACACGAAGACUAUUGGGCUAAACCUGGAUGGAAAUUGUGUAUCCUGAGCAGUUGCUUCCUCGAAAGUGCGGACGAGGCAGAACAAAGAGGAUUCUUAAUCAAAUGGAUGUCCGCGAGGAAGAUGAACCGAGAGCUCCCCGCAAGUGUAGGAAUUGCGGCGUAG